AUGCGUUUCUUCACAGCUACCCUGCUUCUGGCCGCCGCCUUGGUGCGUGCUGAUAAAGGAGACCCAAUUGGGUACUUCCAUAGCGACGAUGCAUGCCAGUCUAAUUACUAUAUUACCCUGAUUGAUGGUGACUGUACUUUUAUUAAUGAAACUUCCAUCAAUUUCACUGCUAAGCAUAGCGUCUGUUUCCUAUACACGGACGACGAUUGUGCACAAGAGUCCGAGACCAAGGAUGGCAUAGUGGAGGGAUGUCAAACAGUGGAAGAGCUGGCUGGUGGUGCGAUGUCUGUCGUUUGCUUUGGUCAAAACCAGUAA